AUGGAGAGGGGCGCCCGGCUCCCGAGCUGCGCUUGUGGGGAGCUCCCGGGGCUUUUUAGGGGGCGCUGCUCGCUCUUUCCCGGGGCUCUGCUGCUGCUGCUGCUGCUCCUCAACAGCCAUGGGGGCACCUCCAAGGCGCAAGGGCUUUCACGGCACGGAGAGUUUGUCACUCCUCACUGGAUUUCGGGAGGGCGAAGCAGGCGAGCUGUCAGCGUGGCGGAAAAGUUUCCCUCACCUGCCCACGGAGAGGUGGCGGUGACCGUAGCGGGCAAAGAGCUUAUUCUGGUGCUGGAAAAAAACCACAGGCUGCUGUCACCAGAUUACACAGAGACACAUUACACAAAGGACGGGCAGGUAGUGACCGUGUCGCCCAACCACACUGAACACUGUUACUACCAUGGUCAUGUCCGAGGGUACAACAGGUCUUCGGUGGUGCUAAGUACGUGCUCUGGAAUCAGUGGCCUGAUCAUACUCAGCCAUAACAACAGCUACUACCUGAAACCUCCAGCAAACCCAGAAUCUGAGCCUCACAUCAUCUUCAGGACGGAACAUUUGCCCCUUAGAGGUGGGACCUGUGGACAUGGUGACCACCUGCAAAGCAACAUAGCAGAUAUCGCCGGGUCCUUCAAACCAGCAGCACACCUGCGGAAAAGGAGGGACGCCUGGAGGACCCUGAAAUACAUGGAGCUCUUCAUCGUUGCAGACUACACCCUGUUUACAGCCCAAAAGCAAAAUUUGGGACGCACAAAGCAACGGAUCCUGGAGAUUGCUAAUUAUGUAGACAAGUUUUACAGGUCCCUGAACAUCAAAGUGGCCCUGAUUGGUCUCGAGGUGUGGACGGAGUCGGACCAGUGCACAGUGAGCAGCGAUGCCCACGCCUCCCUCGUGUCCUUCCUGCAGUGGAAAAAGGCCUUGAGGUCUCGGAAGAAGCACGACAAUGCUCAGCUUCUGACAGGUGUGACGUUCAAAGGCACGACCAUUGGUAUGGCCCCGCUGGAGGGCAUGUGUAGCGCAGAAAACUCUGGCGGCGUAAGCAUGGACCAUUCGGAGCUGCCCAUCGGAGCUGCCGCCACCAUGGCCCACGAAAUCGGCCACAACUUCGGCAUGAGCCACGACCUCGAGGGCUGCUGCGUGGAGGCCACAGCAUCCCAGGGUGGCUGCGUCAUGGCCGCUGCGACGGGCCACCCAUUCCCCAAAGUGUUCAGUUCCUGCAGCCGGAGGCAACUGGAGAGUUACUUCCAGAGGGGGGGCGGCAUGUGCCUUUUCAACAUGCCCGACACCAAGGACCUGGUCGUGGGGAAGAAAUGUGGCAACGGAUUCCUGGAGGACGGCGAGCAGUGUGACUGUGGGGAGACAGAGGAGUGCAGGAACCCUUGCUGCAACGCGCAAAACUGCACACUGAAGGCUGGAGCUCAGUGCGCCCACGGGGACUGUUGUAAGAACUGCCAGCUAAAGAACGCUGGGACCAUGUGCCGAGAACGAGCCGGAUCCUGCGAUCUCCCAGAAUACUGCACUGGGGCGUCGCCAUACUGCCCCGCCAAUGUGUACUUGCUGGAUGGCUCGUUGUGCUCCUCCGGGGAAGCGUACUGCAACAAUGGCAUGUGCAUGACCCACCAACAGCAGUGCGUCCAGUUGUGGGGGCCAGGUGCCUUGCCGGCUCCUGACCCUUGUUUCCUGGAUGUCAACAGGGCUGGUGACAUGUACGGCAACUGUGGCCGGGACAGGCACGGCCAAUACGUGAAGUGCUCCUGGAGAAACGCCAAGUGUGGUAAGAUCCAAUGCCAGAGCUCAGCUGCCAAACCGAAAAAGACCAACACCGUCUCCAUGGACACCACGAUCCGGUUUAAUGGGCAGGAGAUAAAGUGCCGGGGGGCACUGGUUUAUGCAACCAAGGACGACGAGGGAGACAUGUCUGACCCGGGGCUAGUGAUGACCGGGACCAAGUGCGGAGAGGGAAUGGUGUGCAAGGAUCAGCAAUGCCUGAAUGCCUCGCUUUUUGAACUGGACAAGUGCAUCUCCAAAUGCCACGGGCACGGGGUUUGUAACAGCAACAGGAAUUGCCACUGUGAUGCAAGCUGGGCUCCUCCUUUCUGUGAGAAGGCGGGACUGGGGGGCAGCGUGGACAGUGGACCUGUGCAAGAUGACAAAACCGUCGCGAUAGGUCUGGUGGUGGCUUGCUUGUUGAUCGUGCCAAUUUUAGCUCUCGGACUCGACGCCUGCUACAGACAGGAGACGUCUUUCCUCUACAAGUGGGUCAAAAGCUUAAGGAAGAGCCAUGAGAUGUACAGGAACGGAGCCAUCCAUCAGAAGACGAACCAGGGACACUCUAACUCAGCUUUCACUUUGCAGGAUAUUUCAACCUCCUCCUCCAGUAAAGCUGUAGGCAGAAGUUCCAGCCAAGCAACAAGGAGCAUUUCCCCACUUAAACCAAGCCCUCUUCCAAGUGCCUCCCAUCCUGUCAACGUCGUGCGUCCUCUCCGUCCUGCACCGAGCCCAGCCGGGCCUCCUCAGAAAGACCUCAGGCCCUCCAGGCCGCCCCCGCUGCCUUUCAACAAGACCCCCGCCCUUCCUUCCAAAACAAAACUCGGGGUGCAAACCAAGCUGCCUCCGCCGAAAAGGCCUCUGCCCAUCAGCCCUGUCAGGAGCCCGUUGAUCGAUCCAAAGCACAGGCCGCCUCGCAAGCCGCUGCCGGGGAACCCCCUUCUGGCGAAAGAGCCACCAUCAGCUCAGGGUCAGGCCUUGCUGGUCAUGGUGCCUCCCACCAGCUCCAAGACAGCCUGUAUCAGUUCCUCGAGCCACCUCUCCAAACCACUCAGGCCUGUGCCGCCUCAGAGGUGAGUGUGACC